UUGAUAUUUUGAUAUAUUAUCAACAUCGAUGAUUCUCCACCUCUAGCUGGGCGUCCGCAAGACGCCUCGUCAAGAGUGUGCGUGCGUGCGCUUUUCUUUAUAAUUUUUUAAUAAUUUCUCAUAAUUGGGCCGCUAAGUGUCGAGGAAAUUGGCGCAAGAAACCAACACGGACCCAAUUCGAUUUGAGGGCUACUAGGAAAUUGAAAAUGGAAUAUUGAUUUUUGAUUUUUGAUUCUUAAUUCUUGAAAGUGCAACAAAAUCAAACAAAGAAAAACUAACAGAAAAAAAAACACUACAAAAUUCAGAUUAAAAAAGUGUGAAAAUAUAAAAAAAUAAAUAAUUAAUAGACUAAUAGAGAGAAAAAAAAGUGCUUGUGUGGAAGAAAGAGAGGCUCCUAGUCCGUCAGGAUGACGGACUAUGUGGAGCUGUUGAACAGCAUGGCCAGUACCUUCAACUCGGACUGUGCCACUUCCACGGCCGAGGGGGGCACUCUCCUCAAUAUUGACCUGGCCGAGGAUAAGACCCUCAAAUGGCGCAAUCUGGCCAACAAUCAGUUUGCCUGCAAGGACAAGGAGAAGAAGCAGCAGCAACAGAAUCAGCAGCAGCAGGAGGACCAGGAGGAGGAGGAGGCCAAAGGCACAGAGGGAGAGGGAGCGGCAGAGAAGCAGGAGAAGCCUGACCAGGAGGAGGAUUCAACAAACUCUGGCGAGGAUUUGAAGGAAAUCAAGGAACUUCUAACACAUGUUGUUAAUUCCGCUGCCGUCAAGCUGGAAGAGGAAGCAGCGGCAGCAGAAGCAGAAGCAGAGGCUGAGACAGCGACAGCGACUGAGGCGCUGGCAGAGACCACAACGCAGGCUCAAGGCCAAAAUGCAACCGAAAAAGCAGAAGAAAAUUCUGAAAAACUAACCGAAGAGCAGGAAAAAGUGCAAGCAGCUGGCGCUGAAACUUUGGGGGCCAAGGAACAACAACAACAACAACAAGAAGAAGAAGAGGGAGAGGGAGAGAAGAAAGAAACCAACGAAAGAGAGAAUGAAAAGGAGAAGCAGCCGCAGGAUGCGGCAAGUAGCCCCAUAACGGUAAAGCUGGAAGAGAGCGGCGCAGUUACAGUUACAGUUACAGUUGCAAAUGAAAAUGCAAAUGCAGUGACGUCGGCAGAGCAGCAGCAGAGCGAAAUCAUCAAGACUGAGGAAGAGAGGGAGAAGGAAGCUCCGCAGGAAGAGCCGGAGGAAGAGGAAACCCCCAAACAGGAACCAAAAGAAAACGAUGAUGAUGAUGAAGAAGAAGAAGAAGAUAAGAAGGUAGAUGCAGUGGCGCUGGUGCAGCCCGAGGGGGUGGUGGCAAAGGAGAGAGCCGAAGAGGAGGCGGCGCCUGCCGAAAAGCAGGAAGUAAACGCCGGAGCUGCAGAAUCCCAGGCCUCAGUAGCAGUCGCAGCAGCAGCGGCAGCAGCAUCUCCACUUGUUGUCAAUUCUGCCAGCGUCGACGUUGGCGCUGACGCAACAGAUUCAAAUGUGGCAGCACUAGCACCAACAGCACCAGCACCCGUCGCAGUCGCCGCAGCAGCAGCAGCAGCAGCCGUGAGUGCUGAUAAAAACGAACAAGUAUCCCCGGGCGGAACCCGACGUUCUCGGAGGACUCCCCGUCCCACGGACACGCCCACGCCCACCCCCACCCCCACAACACCCACGCCACCCAUCACCGGUGAUGAGCCAGCACCUGCCUCGUCGGUGGACGUCCCCGAGGUGGAGACAGAGAUGCAGGUGGAGUCGAGUGUGCCAAUCGUCGAGGAGGUGGCUGUGGCAGGAACAACUGCCUCUGCAGCAGCCGUCGAGCUGGAGGUGAAGAAGGAGCCGGAGAAACCAGCCACCGUGACAUCAUCGCCCCCCGAGGAGGUUGCGCCGCCACCGGCUCCCAAGCGGGGCAGAGGACGUGCCAAAAAGAUAAAGCCGGAGGUGGAGGUGGCGGAGGCGCCGAGCGAAGCACCUGGCGGAGCUGGAGAGGACCUGGCAGUGGUGGUGGAGAGGAAGCAGCCGGGCAGGAAGCGGAAGCUGCCGGAGGAGCACCCGCCCGACCAGUCGCUGGGCGAUCUCGUGGUGGUCAAAACGGAGCACGACGACGGAGGAGCUGCAGACGGGUCUGCUCCCGGCGGGGAUGCCAAGCGAAUGCGCCGGAGUGUCCGGCUGGGCAACCGUCAUCCCGCCGACGGAUGGGAGGAGGUAAAGACAGAGCCCGUUCCCCCGCUGGCGGAUCUGUCCCUGCUGGAGGUGGCUCCUGCUGCCGUGGCGCCGGUUCUCCUGGACGGGAAGACGCCGCCGAAGAAGCGCGGCAGGAAGGCCAAGAUCCAGCCCGGCACUAAGCCCGAUCCGGCAGCCAAUCUGGCUCUCACCAAUGGCAACAAGCGGGCGACUGCCACUGGGCCGGAGGUCCAGCUGCCGAAGCGCUCCAAGCGACGGAUCAAGCCCACUCCGAAGAUCCUGGAGAACGAUGAGCUGCGCUGCGAGUUCGAGACGAAGCACAUUGAACGGAUGACCCAGUGGGAGACGGCGGCCGGCUCCUCGAACGGCGACUUUGAGACGCCCCAGUCGGGAGUGGGAGGCGGUGGAGGUGGUGGUGGCGGUGGAGGAUCUUGCUCCUCCACGUCGCGGCAGAAGAGCGACAAAUCGGAUGGCAGCAACUUCGAGGGGCAUCCGGCCGGGACGAGUGCCAUCAAGAAGCGUCUCUUCUCCAAGUCCCAGCGGGACAUCGAGAACGCCAGCGCCGCCCUGCUGGCGAAGAGCAAGGUGCGGCCGUGUCCCAACGUGGAGGAGUUCCUCAGCGACAUCAAGGCGGCCCGGUUCAACGCCAACCGAUCCCCGGAGGAUCGGAAGCUGAACAAGAAGCAGCAGCGCAAGCUGGCCAAGCAGAAGGAGAAGCACCUGAAGCAUCUCGGCCUGAAGCGCAACCAAAGCGACGAGGCCUCCGACAACGACAGCUCCAACACGGACAACGAGUUCGUGCCCACCACCCGCGUCCAGGUGGCCAAGCGCAGUGUCACCCUGCGUGUCCGGAACACUGCCACCAAGGAGGUGGCCACCACAUCCGCACAGGCCCUGAAAGCAGCCGCCACGGCUGCCCCACAGCAACUCCCACCCAAGCUAACUCGUCGCGUCGGUGGGCGAGGUGCGACUGGAGCAGGAGGUGGCUCCUCGCCAGCCGCUGGCGUGGCCGUUUCCACGCUGGACCAUGCCCAGCUGCACUCGCUGAACUCCUCGAUCCUGGCCGACAUACCGCCCAUCAACACCGACUCGGACGCCACGCCGAGCACCUCAACUCUUGCCAAGUUCAUCUGCCUCUGCCAGAAGAGUUCGCAGUACUAUGCGCGGAACGCCCCCGAAUCCUCCUACUGCUGUGCCAUCGACCACAUUGACGAGCAGAAGAUCGGCUGCUGCAACGAGCUCUCCUCCGAGGUGCACAACCUCCUCCGUCCCAGCCAGCGCGUCGGCUACAUGAUCCUCUGCGACGAGCACAAGAAGCGACUCCACUCCCACAACUGCUGUGCCGGCUGCGGCAUCUUCUGCACUCAGGGCAAGUUUGUUCUCUGCAAGAAUCAGCACUUUUUCCACCCGGACUGCGCCCAGCGCUUCAUCCUCAACUCGUCCUGCGAGGGCCAGUGGGAGCGCGGAGAUCGGGCCAAGUUCAGCAGCCCUGUGCUGGUGCUCAAGUGUCCGCAUUGCGGAUGCGACACUCCGGAGCGCGCCUCCACGGUGACCAUGAAGUGCCAGUCACUGCCCGUUUUUCUGCCCACCCAGAAGUACAAGAUUAAACCCGCCAAGCUGACGACUUCGUCGCAUCUGACACAGUUUGGCGGAGGAGGAGCGGGCGGCGGUGCCAAGUCCAGUCUUGCUGGCAAAACCAAAGGCAAAGGCUCCUCCUCAUCCUCCGCCGCCGUGGGCUCUGUCACGCCCUCCUCCUCAUCAUCAUCCUCGGCCUCCGCCUCAGCGACGAAGACCAAUGGAACUCGUGGCGGAAAAAUCAGCCAAUCCCUCAACACGAUCAACUUUGAACAGCUCAUUCCCGACUCGGUGAUGAAUGUGGUGCUGCGGGGCCAUGUGGUGUCGGCCAGUGGUCGGGUCACCACCGAGUUCACCUCCCGGGACAUGUACUAUGCCGUUCAGAACGAUGAUCUCGAAAGGGUGGCCGAGAUUCUAGCUGCCGACUUCAAUGUGUUAACUCCCAUCAGGGAGUAUCCAAAUGGAACCUGCCUGCAUCUGGUGGCCCAUUCGGGCACACUUCAGAUGGCCUAUCUGCUGCUCUGCAAGGGCGCCAGCUCCCAGGACUUUGUCAACAUCGUGGACACCGAGCUGCGCACGGCCCUGAUGUGCGCGGUGAUGAACGAGAAGUGCGACAUGCUUAAUCUCUUCCUGCAGUGCGGAGCCGAUGUGGCCAUUAAGGGACCGGAUGGCAAGACCAGUCUCCAUAUUGCCGCCAAACUGGGCAACGUGGAGGCCACCCAACUCAUCGUGGAGAGCUAUCGCGCCUCGAAGAACAUCACCAGCUUCCUGAGCUUCAUCGACGCCCAGGAUGAGGGCGGCUGGACGGCCAUGGUGUGGGCAGCUGAGCUGGGACACACCGAUAUUGUUAGUUUCCUUCUGAAUCAGGGCGCUGAUCCCAACAUCUGCGACAAUGACAACAACACGGUGCUCCACUGGUCCACCUUGCACAAUGAUGGCCUGGACACCAUCACGGUACUGCUGCAGGCUGGCGCCGAUUGCAAUGUCCAGAACGUGGAAGGGGACACGCCACUCCACAUUGCCUGCCGCCACUCGGUCACUAGGAUGUGCAUCGCUUUGAUCGCCAAUGGAGCGGAUCUGAUGAUCAAGAACAAGGCCGAACAGCUGCCCUUCGAUUGCAUUCCCAACGAGGAGUCGGAAUGCGGCCGCACCGUCGGCUUCAACAUGCAGAUGCGCAGUUUCCGGCCCCUGGGCCUCCGCACCCUUGUCGCGUGCGCCGAUGCCUCCAACGGACGCGAGGUCCGGCCCAUCCAGGCGGUGCGCAACGAGCUGGCCAUGUCGGAGAGCGAGGAUGAGGCGGACUCCCUGCUCUGGCCGGACUUUCGCUACGUCACCCAGUGCAUCAUCCAGCAGAACUCGGUGCAGAUCGAUCGGCGGGUCUCGCAGAUGCGCAUCUGCUCCUGCCCGGACAGCUGCAGCAGCGACAGGUGCCAGUGCAACGGUGCCUCCUCCCAGAACUGGUACACGGCCGAGAGCCGUCUCACCUCCGACUUCAACUACGAGGAUCCGGCGGUGAUCUUCGAGUGCAACGACGUCUGCGGCUGCAACCAGCUCUCGUGCAAGAACCGUGUGGUCCAGAACGGCACUCGAACUCCCCUUCAGAUCGUCGAGUGCGAGGAACCAUCCAAGGGAUGGGGCGUUCGGGCUUUGGCCAACGUGCCCAAGGGCACUUUUGUGGCCAGCUACACGGGCGAGAUCCUGACGGCUAUGGAAGCCGAUAGGCGCACGGACGAUAGCUACUACUUCGAUCUGGACAACGGGCACUGCAUCGAUGCCAACUACUACGGCAAUGUGACGCGCUUCUUCAACCACUCCUGCGAGCCGAACGUCCUGGCGGUGCGGGUGUUCUACGAGCACCAGGACUACCGCUUCCCCAAGAUAGCAUUCUUCGCCUGCCGCGACAUCGACGCCGGCGAGGAGAUCUGCUAUGAUUAUGGAGAGAAGUUCUGGCGGGCCGAGCAUCGCUCCAACUUGGGCUGCCGCUGCCUGACGGCCUCCUGCAAGUACGCCACCCAAUCCUCCAGCACAAAUGGCUCUCCGAUGGACACGGCCGGAGAUGCAGUUGAUCCUGAACCGGAUACGGAUCACCUUGACUCGAAAUGAAUUCCAGAAUCCUUCAACUCCGACGACGACGAUUGAAUCCCCCACCAACAUCACACACACACAAACACACACACACACACAGCACCAGGAGGAACGAGCCAGCGCCAUAUAUGUAGGAUCGUAUAUAUAUAUAAUAUAUAUAUCUUACCGAUAAGAAUUCGAUGAGGAUAUCGAAGCCCGAGGGCCUUCUUCGACUGCCAAAAUGUUUUAUGGUUUUACGCAUUUUUUGUCUAUUUUUAGCAACUACGAUUAGCGUUUGUUUUUUAUUAAUUUUGUUUUGAAUUUUUUGCAUUUGUUUUACCCCGCUCCCCCCCUUAUUAUUAUUAUUAGUGACACGUUUGUUACAAAAUACUAAAUAAUUUUUGUACUAGAAACUAAAUAUGAGAAGAAUAACAAGAGCACCCCCUUACUCCAUCCUACAUCCUGCCUAUUUGGUGUCCCCCCAGCGAUUGUGUGCUCGGUGUUUGUGUCCUUCGUGUUUAAAGCCUAGAUAUAGAAGAGGUAUAUAGUCGUAUAGUCGCUAAUCAGAUCCGGGAAAGUGUAUCUAGUCAUAAGAACGAGAGGGACGGCAAGUUGGUAGUAGAAAGAGAGAGCGGAGUGUUAGGGCCCAGUUAGUAGCUACAGUGCGUUUUUUGGUUUAAACUGGCAUUUUUUGGUUAAAAAAUAUAUUUUUAAAAAAAUUUCACAGUCUGCUAAAAUUCGCAACCGGUUCUGGCCGGGGCUAUAUAAGGCCGACCCCACCAGAGGAAAAAAUUUUUUUUUUUAAUAAUUUUUUUUAAUUUUUUUUUUUUUUGAAUGCUUAAAAUUUAUAAUUUAUAACCGUUUUAAUUAACUGAAACGCACUGUACUCGAGGCACGUGAAAGUAACAAUAAUCCGAAGGAGAAAAGAUAAGAAUUAAAAAAUGUGGGUGUUUUUUUUUUUUAAAUAACAAAUGAUAGCAUUGCAAAAUAUAUAGAUUAGCGAGUAGGAGAUAAGUUUUCGAAAUCAAAAAAAAAUAAGAAACAGAAGAAUAACAAUGUCUAUACAACCAUAUACAUAUAUGUCUUUGUGCAGGGUAAAGUACUGAUAGUCUUUAAUAGAAAAAAAGAAAAAAAAAAAAGAAAUAAACUAACAAUUUUUUUUGUAUUUAGAGAGACACACACACUACAGCACACAAUCGCAUCUAAAAAAAAUGGAGAAAUAAUAUAUAGAAAUAAAUAUAUAUAGAGAUUUCCCCAGAGAAUCAUUUGCACAAUUUGUAUUAGAGUUUUUUUUUGUUUCAGUUUGCCAAGCAACUUUAGCCAAGCCACAAGUGCCUCAAAGAGAGAUGAACCCCCAAAUUGCCCCAAAAAAAGGAUCCUCCCAACCACACACCCCCUUUAUUAAGAAGAAUCCAAUCAAUAUCGACCAAUAUCAAUAUCAAUAUCACAAACAGCAAUGCAUUUUUGGGCCUCACUCGACCCACACAACAAGAUAGUUAAAAUGAGAAUUGAAACUGACUGCGGUUUACUUAAGUCCUUAAGUCCUUUAUCCAUUAUCCUUUGAACUCACCCCCUGUAUCACCCCCUCUCCCCUAGUAGCAUAUCGCCGCGUCUAACGAUCCCCCAAAAACAUAUAUAUUAUUAUUAUUAACUAAAUGGUAUAUAUAUGCUGGAGCUAUAUAGACUAUCGGGCUAAAAAACUGUUCGUUUUGCGUCUAGAUCUAAGCUGUAAAUGUUUGUAUCGACAAUAGGAUAUUUAGUAUAAGACAUCCCUAAUUUAGAGGGGAGGACGAAAGGACAUUUAUGACAUCCAGAGGACUCCCCCCAACUCCCAACUCCCUAAUCCCUAAUCCCUAUUCCCCCGCCAGCUAUCGGCAUUUCUAUACGUAUUUGUGUACCUACGAUAAGAAAAUGAUAUGCAAGAUUUAUAUAAUGGAUAUAUACGAUGAUCAUAUAUAUAUAUAUGUAUGUCUCUAUGUAUGUAACGGUUUCGAAACACUUAGAAAUUAUAGUAUAACUCACACACCACCCAUACACAUCAGUUUUAAUUGUUAUUGUGCACAGCAGAAGCUGUCAUUAUAUUUGUUUUGUUUGCCUUGGUUUUUAAUAUUUUUUUUUUUACGUGCAACGUGUUGGGGAUACUGAGUGUUCUUUUUCACAAAAUAAGAACUCCUCACACCCCACACACACACACAUUUUUUUUAAUUGUUUACCACAACUCUUGCUGAUUAGUUGGAAAUUGAAUAAAUACCUCCAUGGCAGGGGCACAGUUCGUUUGCAAUAACGUUAACGUUUAGCCAUAAGAUAUUAAACCAAUCAAAUAAUAGAAAUGCGAGCAGCCUAAUGGUCCGAAUCAAUAAAAAAUAUCAGUGUGCAUUAAGUA